CUUCCCCCUGCUUCCCAGAGACUCCUGAUGGGCCUCCAAGUAGCUGGUCUGGUCAGAGGAACAGAGUCGCCGGCCGCAGGGACGGCAUGGAGCGGAGACGACGGGGGUUCCCGCUGGCUCUCCUACUCUUAAUAGCGUCGGCGCCUACAGUGGGCGCGCAAUACGAAAAAUACAGCUUCCGCGGCUUUCCAGAAGCUGAGCUGAUGCCUCUGCAGAGCGCAUACGCCUAUGCUUUAGAGCAGUACGAGGGCGAGAACUGGAGGGAGAGCAUCCGCUAUUUGGAGGCGAGUUUGCGCCUUCACCGCCUGCUCCAAGACAGCGAGGCGCACUGCCAUAAGGAAUGCGCGGGGAGCGAAAAGUUAGACACUGGCCCACUUUUUACAGAGCUUGCCAAGGGCGCGUGGAACAGCCCGUCUCCUUCAGAGCUGCUUCUGAAAGGCGGUUCGCUCGCAGGGCUUGAAGGCAGCGCGGGAUGCGGCGUAAAUGCUUCAGGGAUCACGCCCGGCGAGGGUCUCCAGGACCAGGAGAUGGAAUACUUUGGGCUCGUCCUCCAGCGCGCCUCCUGCCUGCGGAGAUGUAAGGGCAACCUUCCCGUCUUUCAGCUCUCCUACCCGCCGACCGAGACUUUGCGAGACUUUCAGCGGCGCAUUCCUUACCAGUAUCUUCACUAUGCGCUUUUCAAGGCAAAUAAGGUUGAGAAAGCUGUAUCAGCUGCCCACACAUUCCUACAGAAGAAUCCCAAGCAUGAGAUGACCCAAAAGUACCUCAAUUAUUACAAAACUAUGGUGGAUGUAGAUGAGUAUCUUGUAGACUUGGAAGCACAACCAUAUGAGACGGUUUUUGUCAGAGCAGUGAAGCUUUACAAUAGUGGAGAUUUUAGGAGUAGCAUUGCUGACAUGGAGCAUGCCCUGUCCAAAUACUAUGAGGCCUAUGAAAAUUGCCUAGCUGGCUGCGAGGGUAGCUAUGAGGUCUCUGAAUUUAAGGAUUUCUAUCCAGCCAUAGCAGAUCGUUUUGUUUUUGUCCUGCAAUGUAAAGUAGAUUGUGAAGUUGACCUGACUCCAAAUGUUGGUGGCUAUUUUGUGGAGAAAUUUGUGGCCACGAUGUAUCACUAUCUUCAGUUUGCAUAUUACAAAUUGAAUGAUAUUAAGAAUGCAGUACAGAGUGUAGCUAGCUACAUGCUCUUUGAUCCUGGAGAUGAAGUCAUGCAGCAAAACCUGGUUUACUAUCGUUUCUAUCGUGAACGUUGGCAUCUGGAAGAGGAGGACUUCAACCCACGACCAGAGGCCUUGCGUUAUCAUAACUGGACAUCCAUACAGAAGAAACUCUUGGAGUUUGCCAGGCAAUAUCUCCAGCCAAAUGAUGAGGGAGAGGUGGACGAAGGGAUUGACGGGGUAAAAAACCCAGCAUUGCCAUCUGAUGCCGAGUUUGAAGAUAUUGGUGAUUACGAAGAGGGGUUUUUGUCUGAAUGGUGGCAAGAGCCCAGAUCAAAAGGAGACAAAGGUGACGAAGAGAGACUCGAUUGAGCAAUAAAAUACCCAUAACAUCUGCAGGUGAAGGGGACGCAUUGUUGUUUUCUUGGAACUACCAAAGGAGACUUGGAACUGGCAAGAUGAAUUUUGACAGCAUUCCAACAUGUUCUGUGCCUUUUGAACCAUACAUUAAUAUCUCUAAAGACUGGGAAAGUUCUACCAGCAGAACCUCUGCAGAAUAUUUAGAUCUUCUUCCUCUCCUGCAAAUGGAUUGGUAAAACAAAAACAGCUCUGAGCUAAACCAGGAAACACUUCCCAGCAGAACCUCAUUUCUAAAAAGUACUGUGAAUGGGCCUGGAAAAAAAAUAUCUCAACACAAAGGAGAAAAAAGAAACCAAUGCUGCAUUUAUUUCUGGUUUUAUAUAUUCUGCUUUGUGACCUCAUAUAUGUUGUGAACCAAAGUUCUUACCCAUCUAUGAAAGGUAGUAUGUGCAUAACUGGAUUUUCCACAUUCAGAUUUAUUAAAUGCCCUGUUUGCCCAAAGUCAGGACAACUUCCUUCCUAAUAAUUAACUUUUAAGUGUGUGCAAGGCACAGAAGUUACAAUUUAUCUGCAGUGUCAUGGAUUCUUUUAACUAUACUCAAUUCAGUGGGCUACAAACACAAAAAGGUCAACAACAAUAUAAAUCUCCAGACAACACACACAAACAUUCACUGGACAUUCAAUGGACUAAUGGUGAGUAUUACUACUCACCAUUAGUCCAUUCUUCACCACUGCUACUCCUACUACUGCUAUUCCAACUCCUACUCCUUGUGAGUAUUGGUAGAGAGAACUGUCUUUCUAGCUGUUUCACUUUCACAAAUCACCACAUGCCUACUUCCCUCUUCGCUUUCCCACAUACCAUCACCUGCACCCAAUGCCUCUCAGGUCAGUUUCUAUAGCCAGUGUUUCUGUACUGGCUUAUGAGCAGGCUUAAAAAAACAGGUUGACUUUUUGGUCUCUGACAAAAGUAAUGGCAGUGUUAUCAUACCUUCCCUUCUUCUGCCUUACUGGAAGUGCUCAUUUUGGGAAGGCAGACUCUUCCUUCCUCUGCAGUUUUUAUCUUCUUUCUUUCUUUCUUGUCCUUUCCCAUCUUCCAUCGUUUUCUGUUUUUCCUGUUACUGGAAAAAGGAAGGUAUUAAAUGUGUGUGAAUGUAUUUAUGUGGUUCUGAAUAUGAGAGUUUGUGUGAAAAAAUAGAACGGUCAUCAUAUGCCUAUAGGAAAUUAAUGUUAUAAUAUAUUAUUUCACUUUACUAAAGUACUUAGCAAAUUAACUGAUAAUUUAUUUUUUAGUCAGAGCAACUUUUGAUCUGUGUGUGUAUACCCACAAGAACAGUCGCAAGCUUUCACAUGCAGGUGUACAGGUGGAGACUGGCCGGAUGAGGAAGAAAACCUUUGCAAAGAUUGUAUGUGUAUGUAUGUGUGUGAGAGAGAGAGAGAGGGAGAGAGAGAGAGAGAGAAAGAGAGGGAGAGAGAGAGCGCUUUCCCUUUUGUGGUUAGGGAGCAAAUUGUCCUAAAUUAAAGAUUAACUUCCUUUUAACUAAAUAAAGUUCAAAGAAUCAGAUCUUUUCUCCAAAACUAGGAGUCAGCAGAUUUUAUACUAGAAACAUGAAAAGUGAACAUGCAGAAAUAUGGCUUGAUGAGGAAAGCGCUGUAGUUUUAGAACUGGGGCAUGUUCAGCUCAAUAAUUAGCUUUCAAGACGAGUUGCUUUAAUGUCAUUUUUGUGCAAGUUUCUACUCCUGCCCUUCACUUAUCCAUAAAACUUUAUGUACAUCACUCAUCUCACAAAACUGGGCAAUAGUUUUUUGUACUAUUACAUUUUUUUUAUGAGGGUGAAAAUACAUGCAAGUCAGCUGCAAAUCUUCUAACAGAUCCCAGCCUUCCUUGUGUUCAACCUUGCCUUGAAGUGUUUGAAGAGUCAGACUCCCAGGAAGCUCAUGUUCUGCUAUCUUCCCCUCCCCAUGUGUCUACUGAAAACCUGCAAUUAAUGGGCUAAUCUUUAACUUUUCUGAAAGCAAACAGUUUCAUCAAAAUACAUUUUUUUACAUUCAAAGAGCUGCCUUUGUUUUUCAGUUAAUUUAAACAUUUUACUUUGUACAUAUUUUUUUAAUUAGUUGUAGCUAUAUUUUAAUAAAAAUCUCUCCUAGUC